AUGCUAAAUAGCCUGUUAAGGAUCUCCAAACCCUGUGUUCCGUUUCUAGCACGUCGACAUUAUAUAGGCCCUACGAAUUUAAGAAGAAUUUCGUUACAGCGGUGUCAGUUUAGUACGAAACCCAGCGCCAUGAGUACCGACCAGAAACUGCCUCCGGUAGAUCCCAAGACGGGAGAAAUCAUUAUAAACCCUCUAAAGGAAGAUGGUAGCGAGAAGACUGCUAAGGAAAUCGAAAAAGAGCGCAAGAAGGCCGAGAAACUGUUGAAAUUUGCCGCCAAACAAGCUAAGAAAUCCGAGGCGGCCAGUAAACAGAGCGCUGCACCCAAGAAGGAGAAGAAAAAGAAGGAGGUUGAGAUUAUUCCAGACUUCGUCGACAAGACUGUUGCCGGUGAGAAAAAAAUCCUUGUGUCUCUUGACGACCCCGCUUUAAAGGCGUACAACCCAGUCAACGUCGAAAGCUCGUGGUACGACUGGUGGGUCAAGUCCGGCUUUUUCGAGCCAGAAUUCACCAAAGACGGCCAGAUCAAGCCCGAGGGCGUUUUCACCAUUCCUGCUCCGCCCCCAAAUGUUACCGGUGCUCUUCACAUCGGACACGGGCUCACCAUUGCCAUUCAGGACUCUUUGAUCAGGUAUAACAGAAUGAAGGGUAAAACUGUCUUGUUCUUGCCUGGUUUCGACCACGCUGGUAUCGCCACUCAAUCGGUGGUUGAGAAGCAGGUGUGGGCCCAGGAGCAAAAGACCAGACACGACUACGGUAGAGAAGCAUUUGUCGAGAAGAUCUGGGAAUGGAAGGAAGAAUAUCACAACAAAAUCAAGAACCAGAUCAACAAGUUGGGUUCCUCUUACGAUUGGUCUCGUGAAGCCUUCACUUUGAGUCCGCAAUUAAGCAAAUCUGUCACAGAGGCUUUCGUCAGACUGCAUGAAGAAGGUAUCAUCUACCGUGCUUCGAGAUUGGUCAACUGGUCCGUCAAGCUAAAUACUGCUAUCUCGAAUUUGGAGGUUGAAAACAAAGACAUCAAAGCGAGAACCAUGCUGUCCGUCCCCGGUUAUGAUGAAAAAAUUGAGUUUGGCGUCUUGACGUCUUUUGCAUACAAUGUUGUGGACUCAGACGAGAAAUUGAUUGUGGCAACAACCAGACCUGAGACUAUUUUCGGUGACACCGGUGUUGCUGUGCAUCCUGAUGACUCUCGUUACAAACAUCUCCACGGUAAAUUUGUGUGUCAUCCAUUUGUUGACAGAAAGGUCCCAAUUGUAUGUGACAGUGAAGCCGUCGACAUGGCAUUUGGUACUGGUGCCGUCAAAAUUACCCCAGCUCAUGACCAAAACGAUUACAACACUGGUAAGCGUCACAACUUGGAGUUCAUUAACAUCAUGACAGACUCUGGUUUGUUGAACGACAACUGUGGCCCUGAAUGGAGUGGCAUGAAAAGAUUCGAUGCCAGAUCGAAGGUCAUUGAGGCCCUUAAGGAGAAGGGUCUCUACGUGGGACAAGAAGGCAAUGAAAUGACCAUUCCAACAUGCUCCAGAUCUGGUGACGUCAUUGAACCAUUGCUGAAACCACAAUGGUGGGUGUCUCAGAAUGAUAUGGCUAAGGAAGCCAUCAAAGCCGUCAAGGAUGGAAAAAUCACCAUUACGCCAAAAUCCUCAGAGGCCGAAUACUUCCACUGGUUAGAAAACAUCCAGGAUUGGUGUAUUUCCAGACAACUAUGGUGGGGUCAUCGCUGUCCGGUGUACUUUGUUGAGGUCGAGGGCGAAGAGCAUGACAGCAUGGACGGUGAAUACUGGAUUUCCGGUAGAACUCUGGAAGAAGCUGAAGCCAAAGCCGCCAAGAAAUUCCCUAAAGUUAAGUACACGUUGAGACAAGAUGAGGAUGUUCUUGACACUUGGUUUUCAUCGGGUCUAUGGCCAUUCUCCACUCUCGGCUGGCCAGACAAGACUUCAGAUCUCUCGAAAUUUUAUCCUUUCUCGAUGCUAGAGACUGGUUGGGAUAUCUUGUUUUUUUGGGUCUCAAGAAUGAUUUUGCUAGGCUUGAAAUUGACUGGUGAAGUCCCUUUCAAAGAGGUGUUCUGUCACUCUCUUGUUCGUGAUGCUCAGGGUCGUAAGAUGUCCAAAUCUUUGGGUAAUGUCAUUGAUCCGCUAGAUGUCGUGACAGGGAUCAAGCUAGAAGACUUGCAUGCUAAAUUGCUCACUGGUAACUUGGACCCAAGAGAGAUCGAAAAGGCCAAAAACGGACAGAAGGAAUCCUAUCCAAACGGUAUUCCUCAAUGUGGUACCGACGCUCUCAGAUUUGCGCUUUGUGCAUACACCACUGGUGGCCGUGACAUUAACUUGGACAUCAUGCGUGUUGAAGGCUACAGAAAGUUCUGCAACAAGAUCUAUCAAGCUACUAAAUUCGCCUUGCUACGUCUAGGUGCAGACUAUCAGCCUUCUGCUGAGGAAAAACUAUCAGGACAGGAAUCCUUGGUUGAAAAGUGGAUUCUCAACAAGAUGACACAUUACUCCAAAACUGUUAACGAUGCUUUGGAUAAGCGUGAUUUCUUGACUUCUACCAGUGGUAUCUACGAGUUCUGGUAUUUGGUUUGUGACGUCUACAUUGAAAACUCCAAGUACUUGAUUACCGAAGGUAGCGAAGCUGAGCAAAAAUCUGCGAAGGACACCCUGUACACUUUGAUUGACAAUGCGCUAAGGUUGAUUCAUCCUUUCAUGCCAUUCAUUUCCGAAGAAAUGUGGCAACGUUUGCCAAAGCGUGCCUCUGAGACUUCGCCCACGAUCGUGAAAGCUUCUUACCCAGUUUAUAGAGAAGACUACGACAACGAAAAGGCUGGCAAAGAAUACGAGUUGAUUUUGGAUGCUAUCAAAGAGGCGCGUUCGCUUUUGGCUCAAUACGGUAUUUUGAAGAACGGUAAGGUCUUCAUCGAAUCUUCUAACGCCGAAUUCUUGGAAACUGCUAUUAACCAAAAAGAGUCCAUCGUCUCCUUGAUCAAAGCUAUCGAUGAGGUCAAUGUGGUUAAGAGCUCUUCUGAGAUUCCCGAGGGAGCUGUCUUGCAAGCUGUGAACCCUGAAAUUAACGUCCACGUUUUGGUGAAGGGACAUGUCGACAUCGAUGCUGAAAUUUUCAAGACUCAAUCCAAGCUAGAAAAAGCUCAGAAGGUUAAGGAAAACAUUGACAAGACGAUGAACAGUCCCGACUACGAAGCUAAAGCUAACGAACAAGCGAAAGCCACCAACAACACAAGGCUCCAAAAUACCUUGGCUGACAUUGAAGGUCUUGAGGCCACGAUUGCCAACCUCGAGCGUUUAAAAUUAUAG